CACUGUGAAGAGCAAUCAGAACAAAAAAAACACACACACAAAACCCUAGCUCUUAAAACAUUUAUCAUCACAAUGUCUGGUGUGUGGGUGUUCAACAAGAACGGAGUGAUGAGGCUGGUUGAGAAUCCUUACAACAAUUCCGGAGGAGAUUGGUCGGAAUCGUCCUCCUCCGGUGGUAGCCAGCAGCAGAGGAUGAGGAGGAAGAUUCUUGUCCAUCUUCCGACCAGCGAGGUUGUCUCUUCGUACAAAUCACUUGAGAGGAUCUUGAAGAGUCUUGGAUGGGAACGGUACUACAACGGAGACAACGCCGAUCACCUCCUCCAAUUCCACAAGAGAACAUCGAUUGAUCUCAUCUCUCUCCCUCGUGACUUCUCGAAGUUUAACUCCAUUCAUAUGUAUGAUAUCGUUGUCAAGAACCCUAACGUCUUCCAUGUCCGAGACAUGUAGUAGUCGAUCAUUAAAACAAAAACAGCUGGGUCAAUUUGAUUAUCCAAUAAUCAUUCUCGCUGAUAUAUCUAGUAUAUAUUUUCAGGUUCUUGCUUUGUUUUAUUUGCUGUUGGGGGGUUUGUUCUGUGACUGCUUGGUCAUGUAUGGCGAGAGCCAUUUUAAUAACUUGUAUCAUUUUGUGAUUUGAAUGACUUGUAUCAUGUUGUCUCUCAAAUAUGAAAUAGUAAAGAAGGCACAUGGUAUUU